CGUUGAAUCCUCGCCGGAACCCCACCUUUUUUUGCAUUAUGGAAAAAGAGCCUGCAGCCAACAUGAAAGGCCCCUCGUUAAGAGUCACGCUGCCGCCCCUCUUAAUACUCAAUUGACCCCCCCGCUGAGCCUGGAUGCUGAGCUCGUCGUGGCGACUGGUUAGUUCGAAACGGAACUCGCUGCUUAAAGCAUCCUUGGCUUCUUUCCGUCCAGAACCUCGAACUUAUCACUCCUCAGCGUACCGACUAUCCAAAAUGGCCGACGAAGCUGUUAAAGCCCCCGCGCCGGCGACCACACCGGCCGCCGCUCCCGAUGCGCCUCCGCCAAAGAAAAAUGAGGCCAAGGAGAAGGCCAAAGCCGAAAAGGCUGCCAAAUUCGCUGCGAAGCAAGCUGCCGCCAAGCUGAAGCAACAGCAACAAGCCGGUGACAAGCCUGCCGAAGCCCCGAAGCCCAAGGCGAAGAAGGCCGAGACUCCUGUCCUUCCCCCCUACAAGGACGAGACCGCAGCUGGCGAGAAGAAGAAGAUCCAGCCCUUCGAUCACCCGCACUUCUCAGCAUACAACCCCCAGGCCGUCGAGUCGUCAUGGUAUUCAUGGUGGGAGAAGAGCGGCUACUUCAAGCCUCAAGAGCCCCGAACCCCUGAUGCUGGCAAAUUCGUCAUUGCCCUGCCGCCCCCGAACGUCACUGGUGCGCUUCACUGCGGCCAUGCUCUCGCCAACUCUCUCCAAGAUACACUUAUUCGAUGGAACCGGAUGAAGGGCCUCAGCACACUCUGGGUCCCGGGUUGCGAUCACGCCGGUAUCGCCACUCAGUCCGUUGUCGAAAAGAUGCUGUACAAGAGAGAGAAGAAGACGCGCCACGAUCUCGGCCGCGAGGAGUUCACAAAGCGCGUGUGGGAGUGGAAGGGGGAAUACCAUGAGCGCAUCAACAAUGCCCAGAGACUCAUGGGUGGCUCCAUGGACUGGAGCCGCGAGGCCUUCACCAUGGACGAGAACCUGACUGCCGCCGUUAUGGAGGCGUUUGUCACUCUUCACGAUGAGGGUCUCAUCUACAGGUCCAACCGCUUGGUUAACUGGUCCACUCAUCUUCGCACCGCCCUCAGCACCUUGGAGGUCAUCAACAAGGAUAUCACCGGGCGCACCAUGAUUGACGUGCCCGGCUAUGACAGAAAGGUUGAGUUCGGUGUCCUCACAUACUUCAAGUACCCAAUUGAGGGGUCAGACGAGUUCAUCACUGUUGCCACCACACGUCCCGAGACAAUGUUGGGCGAUAGCGGUAUCGCUGUCAGCCCCGGUGAUGCCCGCUACGCACACCUUGUCGGAAAGCACGCCCGUCAUCCCUUCACCCAGAGGUUGAUGCCCAUCGUCGAGGAUUCCUACGUUGACCCAGAAUUCGGCACUGGUGCUGUCAAGCUCACCCCCGCGCACGACUUUAACGAUUACAAGCUCGGGGUCGCCCACAAGCUUGAGUUCAUCAACGUCCUUACCGAAGACGGCUUGAUCAACGAGAACGGCGCUAUGUUCCAGGGCCAGAAGAGAUUCAACGCCCGUUACACGGUUGUCGAGGAGUUGACUAGGCUUGGCUUGUUCGUCAAGAAGGAGCCCAACGCCAUGGUUAUCCCCAUUUGCGAGCGCAGUGGGGAUGUUAUCGAGCCUCGCAUGGCGCCUCAGUGGUGGGUGAAGAUGGAGGACAUGGCCAAGGAUGCCAUGAGAGUCGUUGAGAGUGGUGAGAUCAAGAUCAGCCCGGAGAGUGCCCGCAAGAGCUACUUCCAAUGGCUCAACAACAUCACCGACUGGUGCAUUUCCAGACAGUUGUGGUGGGGCCACCGUAUCCCGGCGUACCGUAUUGUCCUUGAAGGCGAGGACAGCGAGGAGACAGACAAGGCCACCUGGGUUGUUGGCAGAAAUGCCGAAGAGGCCAAGGCCAAGGCCGCCGAGAAGGCUGCCGAGCUGUUCCCCGGCAAGAACUACACCCUCGAGCAAGACCCUGACUGCCUCGACACCUGGUUCAGCUCCGGCUUGUGGCCCAUGGCUAUCUUGGGCUGGCCCAACACGGAGAAGGAUGAUUUCAAGAAGUUCUUCCCCACCGAGCUGCUCGAAUCCGGCUGGGAUAUUCUGUUCUUCUGGAUUGCCAGAAUGAUCAUGCUCUCCCUGAAGUUGACGGGCAAGGUUCCCUUCACUGAGGUGUACUGCCACUCGUUGAUCCGCGACGCCGAAGGGCGGAAGAUGAGCAAGAGUUUGGGUAAUGUCAUUGACCCGUUGGACAUCAUCAAUGGUAUCAAGCUCGAGGACCUUCACGCGAAGCUCUUGACAGGUAAUCUCAGGUCUGACGAGGUUGAGCGUGCCACCAAGUACCAGAAGCAAUCGUUCCCUGGCGGCAUCCCAGAGUGCGGCGCUGAUGCUCUGCGUUUCACGCUUCUCUCGUACACCACCGGUGGUGGCGACAUCAACUUCGACAUCCGCGUCAUGGCGGCCUACCGCAGAUUCUGCAACAAGGUUUGGCAAGCUUCCAAGUACGUGUUGGGCAACCUUGGCGAUUCCUUCAAGCCUGAUGCCCAGCUUGACCUCGCGGCUCUGUCGGUCCCAGAGCGCUGGAUUGUUCACCGUACCAACGCGGCCGUCAAGGGCAUCAACGAGGCUCUCACGAACAGGCAAUUCUCCACUGCCACCAGGCUCGUGUACUCGCUCUUCUAUGAUGACUUCUGCGACAUCUUCGUUGAGAACAGCAAGGGCAUGCUGGGCCCAGAUGCGGACCCUGCCCAAGCCAACUCUGUCCGCCAAGUCCUCUACUUUGUUCUUGAUACGUGCCUGCGUCUACUGCACCCUAUGCUUCCCUUCAUCACCGAGGAGCUCUGGCAGCGUCUGCCACGGAAGGCUGGAGAUGAGACUCCUUCCAUCCUCCUGGCGCCGUAUCCCGAGGCUGACCAGGCUCUCGAGUUCCCCGCUGAGAGCGCAGACUACGAGCUUGGUCUCAAGUGCGCUAGCGGUAUCAGAUCGUUGGCUGCUGAAUACAACAUUCGUGAUGGCCGUGCUUUCAUCGUGGCUUCUACUCCUGCCGCCUUGGAGAAGGUGAGCGCGCAGCUCAACGCCAUCAAGACCCUCUCCGGCAGGAGCAUUGCUUCCACCGAGGUUAUUGAGGAGUCCGCCACCCCCAAGGGCUGCGCUGUUAGUGUCGUGAACGCCGAGAUUGUUGUUCUUCUCCAGGUCAGCGACCAAAUCACAGAUAUUGCAGCCGAGAUCAAGAAGAUCACCACCAAGCUUCAGAAGACCACCGUCGCAAUUACCAAGCAGGAGGAGCUGAUCAACCGCGAGGGCUUCGAAAAGGUCAGUGAUGUUGUCGUAACAGCUGAGAAGAAGAAGCUUGCCGAUGCACAGGCGGCCAAGGAGAACUACGAGCGGACGCUCGCCGAGUUCAGCAAACUCAAGCUCUAAGAAAACACCAAAAAAAAAAAAAGGGAUUCAAAAGGAAUUUUCGUAGUGUUAGCCAAUACUCAUCAUCCAUAGAAUACAACCUUCCAUUUACUUGUGAUGAUUGCUGCCCCUGAUUCCACCCAGACCGAGUGACGCUUAUCUUAUCAGUUAGCCCAG